AUGACUCAACACGAGAAACAGUAUCCAAAGAUACAUUCUAAAUUCUUCAAAAGUGUCAAAUCUUUACUUGUGCGUCAUCAGAGCAGUAACAGAAAACACUCGAGACAGAGUGUAUCUCAACCCUAUGCAAAAGAAGGCGUGGCUGUCACGCUUACCACAGAAUUCAGUACGCAUAAAUCCAAUGUGCCAGUAACACUAAUUCAACACCAGUCUUCUCAACUUACGAUGGUACCUUGUCAACCUAUGCUUCCUACGUCGACCUUGGAACAAAAGGCGUAUGUUCAUUAUGAACCGAAAAAGGCACAAAUCUCUCUGGGCACAAACCCCGAUACAAAGAAAAAGCAGCAUUAUCAUUACUCACUGCGGCUCACUGUGGAACAAUACGCUUGGCUCGUACAGCAAUUGGAGGAAGAAGAACAUGUGCACGGUUGGAUAUCAGACCAAUUCAGACAGAAUCAACUGACACUUUCUCCUAUGCUGGGUGUGAGCCCGACAAUCAAAGAGGACCCAAGAUCAAUCAAGCGACGAUUGAUACGCUUUGUUCAACGAGGCAAUCACAGUCCUUAUAGAGUAGCACAUCAGUGCAUUUUCAUGUUACCUAAAGCUUUAGUGUUGCAGGCAUCAGACUAUAUUCCCAUGACUAAACCAUUGCCUACCGAAUUGCCUGUGCGUCAUGUAUUACCAUUUGAACCUAUUCAAGAUGCACUUGCUGUACGUACAAGACGUUAUUGUGAACGUGUAAGGCUAUGUACGCAUGAACUUGUUAUUCAAGAGCAACACCAGAGGAAUGAACCAUCUCCACCAUGUUCUUUUGUACAGACAAAACAGACAGAAUUAGCUACCAUAGUAUGUGCAGAGUGUUUAAAGGAAACAGGUCUAUCGACAGUAUACCAAAAAACUAAAAAGAAUUUGAUGGCUUCUUCAGUCACAGCUCGCUUGUGUUCUUCUUCUCAUGUACAACAUCAACAAUCCAUCAUGUUUCCUGUUUCUUUUAUUCAGUAUGAUUCGAUUAAGCAUGCAAUUGCUGUUGCACAGAAUCUAAAUCAACAACUACCAUCUAAAGAACCCAAGUUUGUCUCUUCAGCUAUUCAGCCAUCCAGCUAUAAAAAGAUGCUAUUUGAUUCCAUUGCACGACAAGAGAAACCACAUGCUUAUUCUGCAUUUCAGUAUAUUCCUCCUGAUCGUACUAUGUCCUCCAGUGAUAUCAGCAGUAUUAGUGCGUGCUCUGGUAUUCAAGAAGAAGAAGAAGAAGAAGAAGAAGAGGAAGAAGAAGAAGAAAAAGAAGACAAAGAAGAGGAAGACUAUACUCCACAAAAGUAUGGUUAUGUAGCAUUGGAUAAUGAACAUACAGAAAUUAUCGUCGUAUUUCCUGGUAUGACUGUGUCACAUCAUAUGUUUGACAAUGCUUCAUUUGUACCUGUUCCCUGGCUAGAAAUUGAGACGAUUGGAGAUGUAUCUCAACAACAAGAUCCAUUGUCGGAAGGAGAUAUGAGUCCUUGGGUACUUGAAUGCGCUUUAACGGCCUGGCGUCGUUGUGAAAUGAAAGUAGUGACAUUGCUGAUGCGAUUAUGCAGUUCAUUACCAUCGCAUUAUAAAGUUGUGAUUAUUGGACAUUCAUUAGGUGGAGCUGUUGCAGCACUGUGUGCUUCUUCACUUAGGUCUACACGCUUAUUAAUGGACCGAGAUAUCACAGUGUGUGCUAUUCAUUCCCCACGCGUCGGAAAUAAGUCAUUCUUAAGGACACUGUCUUUUCAAAAAGUAGAGACAAUUCGCAUCACAAAACAGACAGAUAUCAUGGCCCAUUUACCACCAAGAACAUCUGGCUUACUUCAUGUAGGCGACACUACCAUUGUCCUACAAGACAAGGGCUAUGUGCUUACCAAUAUGAGCUUGGAACAUAUAGAAAAUGUCUUGAACAAGGCAUGCUCUAUGAUAGACUUUAAUGCUGAAUCACAGACCACAGCAUGGGAUAUCACACUGGACCAUGAUGAACAACAUUGUAUAUAA